UCGCUGCCCGGCUCCUCCUACUUUUGUGGGAAAAGGAGGGGCGAAUUCGGAAAUAGUUGCGAAGUGCUUUUUGAGGAGUAACUCGAGCGAUAUAUUUUUUUUUGCAAUUUUAUAUCUGCAUCUAUCCGUCUAUUGCACGCGUCCAGCUCAAAUGCAUUGGUUCCCUUCUGGGGGAAGCCUGCAUAGGACUCCGGAACGGAUCGGGAUCCGCUUUCGGUUUCUCCUCCUUAUUAUAACGGCGAUCUGGCAGAGAAGCAGGUGCGAAAAUCUCGGACUCCUUCAUUGCCCGGUCGAGAAGACGCUUUUCCCUCGUUGGAGACCGCGCAUUGCUUUUUCCAGUGCUUCUGGGAUUUAGCUGGAGGAGGAAAAGUCGGGACACUUUGCUGGAGAUCGUGGGAAAGAGAGGAAGAACCCACGUCGGCGGUGGGCAUCUCCUGGAGUUAACUCGCAGCUGUCACCGCAACCUUCACCAUGGCCCAGGGCAGUCCGGCACCCAGUCUCAUGUCGUCUCCUCCUCUGGCAAUCGGAGGCCCCAGUUCCACUAUGGUCAGUCUCAAGAGCCUCCUGCAAGGACCGGUCAAGAGUCCUGAACGCCGGGGGACCAAGGAUCUAGGCUCAUGUGUGAUCAAAGACAAGGAACGUAAAAUGGAGGAUGAUCUCAGCGUCUCAAGACCUGGGCACUGUGCAUAUCUGGGCUCCCUGCUGUGGGAACGCACCUUGCCCUACAAUGAGAUUGAAUACGUCGACUUGGAUGAAUUUUUGCUGGAAAAUGGUUUGCCCCCAAGUCCAGCCCAUCAGUCCUAUUCCCCAAGCAGCCAGCCCACCGCCUCACCUUCCAGCGGGGUAGUGGUAGAUCUUAGUCGGCCGGCUUCUUGUGCAUCAUCAUCUUCAGUCUGUUCUUCAUCUGGUGAAGGUCUAGUCGGCAGUGAUUAUGAUCAAAACUGCAGCAAGACAGGUCCUAUCACGCCAGUAUCCCGAAGCACACCCAGCCCGGUAGACCCUGAGGCUGUGGAGGUCCUCAUGAACUUUGACCCUGACCCUGCUGAUUUGGCAUUGUCCAGCAUUCCAGGCCACGAGACCUUUGACCCUCGCAAGCAUCGGUUCUCAGAAGAGGAGCUUAAGCCCCAGCCGAUCAUGAAAAAGGCCCGGAAAAUACAGGUUCCUGAUGAUCAGAAGGAUGAAAAAUAUUGGAACAGGCGGUACAAGAACAAUGAGGCAGCAAAACGCUCAAGAGACGCUCGCCGCCUGAAAGAGAAUCAAAUCACUGUUCGGGCGGCUUUUUUGGAGAAGGAGAACGCCGUCCUUCGCCAAGAAGUGGCCAAUAUCCGCCAGGAACUAACCCGCUACCGCAGCAUCCUCUCUAAAUAUGAAUCUCAGCACGGUACCUUGUAAAACCCACAGCAGGGCGCUGUGCUCUUCUCCAAGAUCCCGCCACCGAGGUGGUAGGGCCACCCUGGUUUUUCAACCCAGACCCCCUGUCUUCCCAAACCAGGCAAACAAAUAAUCCAACGACAGAUGUUUGGAACGAGGGACAGGUCUGCGGUGAGCACGUUCCACCUGCAGGGACUAACCAUGAUUCUGGGUGCACAAAGGAGAGUUCCUAGGUGGGCAUGGCCCACCCCUCACCCAGAACAGGACAGCAGCCAAGAUGUUGAACUGGGCAUAGUAGAUACCUGGAAGACACAAGGGCUCUGUAGCACGUUGGAAGAUGUAUUGCACACACUAACACAUACAUGUGCACGCACGUUCUCUCUACACCUGUAUUUUAGGGUUUGGCUUGUAGGUGAACUCUCGAUCCAAAGGGCAAUUCAACCAGAGACCAUAAUGUCUGCAAGCCACUGUUCUGUGUGGCAUUUGGACGGGACUUGGAUAUGGAUGACCCAGGAGCUCUUUAGGCAGAUCUCGGUGCCUAGGCUCAGUCACACAAAUAGUUUUUUUUUUUGUUUGUUUGUUUUUUUUUCAGCAGAUGAUUGCACACAAGUUUAAACUCUUUCUCAUUUCAUCCAUCGACUGUGGGGUUACAAUUAAGGGACAGGCAAGCCAGCUACAAAAGUGGAUGUGAUAUCCAGGUUUUCUGGGCUCAUCCCUACCACUAUGACUUUACAUGCCCCUCUCGAAGACGCCUCGAAGUCUUGGACACCCUGAAUGGAAAAUCCUUUUUGAGAUUAGUAACCAUCAAGACUCUUCUGUCUAUAGAACGCCAAAUUAAAUCAAACGGGUUGCUCACUCAUUUUAUUUCCACACUUGGCCGAAGGGGACUUUACAUCUGAUGGCAAAGCUAGGAGUCCUUACUUUUAAUUGUUACAGUUAUAUUAUUCUCUCUGUUUUUAGUUAAAAGAGGCAAGUGACUGCAUCUGUUUCCUCCUAGCACUGCCCAGUGUAGUGUCAUGUGUACAGAAAUGAUAAAACAUGAGACCUCAUUUGUGUCCCUUCUAAAUAUGAAAUCUAUAUAAAUACAUACACACACAUAGAUAUAUAUAGAUACAUAUAUAUAUUCAGUUUCGUUUCAUCUCUUCUUUUGUAAAACAGAAAAUGUGUGGUUGCUAUGUGUGUGUGUAUAUAUGUGUAUAUACACGCAGCCACAUUCACUCCAAGCAAGAUUUAUGAGAUUAAACUAUGUUCUUCUAUUAA